AUUGAACAAAAGUACUUACAAGUAUAGUUAAUUUUGUAUCUUUCGAUCCAAAUCUAUCCUAAUUGUAUUCGAUUAAUCAUAAUUAUUACUAAUUGUUCAUUGAUCUCCUUAAAUUGCUCAUUGUUUCAUUGAAUAAAAUUAACUUUUAAUCACUUUUCCAAUUUGGAUCCUCUUUGUAAUUGUUUCUCCAAAUCCGAUUUCCGGGAUCACAUUAGUUAGUUAAAUCUGUAAAUGAUAAGAUAUACAAAGAUUAAAUUAAUAAUUCUACAAGAUAUUGUCGUUCAAGUUUGAUUGUCAAACUAAAAUGACAAUUUGAUGACAAUUAACAAAAAGUCUCAAAGUGUUACAAUAACAGUAAAACGAUAAUUAAAUGUGAAGAUACAAGUUGAAUGUAUUUUCUGUAAUUUCCUUAAUAAUUGUCAUUAAUUAAACUAAUUCAAUUAAGAUUAUUGACAUUUGGAUUAUGAUCUAUCAUUAGUUUGUCAGGUUUUUGAUUAACAGUUUCAAUCAACAAAAGGAUUGUAAUCACAAUAAUAACAAUGAAUGACUCUAAAUAUCAAUUAAUGGCUCAAUUAUGUAUUGAAAAGUAUCAAAGUUUAAAUAAAACAGGUAAACCUUUGGACAAUCAAUGGACAACAUUGUGCGGAUUAAUUUGUGAACAAUCAGAUAGUUUUAAAUUAAUUUGUUUAACAACAGGAACCAAAUGUGUAACUGGAAGUCCAUCUAAACUGACCAAUGUCCUAAUUGAUUGUCACGCUGAAGUUUUAGCUAAACGAGCCUUCAAACAACAUUUAAUGGGACUAAUUGAAAAGUCUAACGGUCAUCUAAAUCAUCUGGACAAUUUAAAUUGGCAUCUCUUCAUCUCGCAACUUCCAUGUAGAGGAUUUUCAUCAACUUCCACUUCCUCCAUCGAUAAACCGUUAAUUGCAAUCCGUUUUUUCAUUUCCGCAGGUUGUAAUCAAGGGAUAUCUCGUAAACCAGGUAGAGGUGAACCUUGUUUGGACGCUUCUUGUAUCGAUAAAAUUUUAAAAUGGACUCAUCUUGGUCUUCAAGGAAAACGAUUAAUAUCAUUAACUAGGAAGCCAAUUAGAUUGAAAUCUUUAAUCAUUGGUAAUUGUGUUGAAACCAAAGAGUUUGAUCGAGAAAAAGUUGAUAAAGCUUUGGCAAUUAAUAUCGAUCCAGAGAGCGAAUUACAAUUAGAUCCAAUCUUUGCAAUUAACGACAAUCAAUGGCCUGAUAUUCAUUUCGUUGAGACAAUUAAAUGUUCACCAUUUAUACGAUUUAAUCAUUUGCAAGCUUGUCCUUCAGCGAUUGUCUGUUGGGAUGAAAAUGGAGAUAAAUGUGAGAUUAUCGUGGAAGGAUUAAAACAAGGUGUUAACAAGAAGAGAGCGGCUUCUAAUCCAUCAAGGAUUAGCCGGUUGGGUUUAGAGAAUCGGUUUAAUCAGCUGAUUGAAAAGAUUUGUGAUUUAAAAUUUUCUGAGUGGAAACUAUGA